AUGAAGACAGUCCAGAGGAAUAUAAGUGUAUUCCAGCAAACUAAAAUUCUCUUGUGGAAAAAUGUCCUGAUCAAGUGGAGGAUGAAGACGCAGAGCUUUCAGGAGUGGAUCCUGUCCCUGCUCUUCCUGCCCCUGGUGUUCAUCGUGUCCGGGUUUGUGUUCAUGACGCAAAGCCGGCACCCCGAGGUGCCCGCCGAGCACCUGGGCUACCUGGACGACCCUGCCUUCAACGCCACCGGGGCCACCGUCACCUUCACCCCCGUCACUGCCACCACCAGGCACAUCAUGAGCAAAGUGGCCUCCAGCUCUGUCAUGACGGGUGUAAAACUAGUGGAAGUGGAUGAUGAGAGAGCCAUGGAGAAAGCCUGGAUUUCAAACAGGGAAACUAUAGGAGUUGUAUUUAAGGACAACUUCUCCUACCACCUCAGGUUUCCUACCACCCAUGUGAUUAUUCCUAAUGAAGUCAUUGGAGACGUAGACGCCUGCUAUAACUUCUCCUUGAAGAGCUGUGAGAGCCCAAGGUACUGGUACAAAGGCUUCCUGUCCCUGCAGUCCAGCAUUGAUGCUGCCAUUAUAGAGAUGGUGACAAAUCAUUCUGUUUGGGAAGAAAUGGAAUCCAUUGCUGGUGCCAGAAUGAAGUCCCAGAGCAUCAUGUUCUCCAUCAGCCUGGAGUAUGGCUACUUCAUGGUCAUUAUCGUGAUGUGCUUCUUGCCCUUCAUGUAUUUCUUAUCAAGGAAUGUCACACGAGAAAAGAAGCAGCUCAAAGAACUGAUGAAGACCAUGGGCCUGCAGGACAUUUCAUUUUGGCUGUCCUGGAGUUUGCUGUACUCCCUCUACGUGCUGAUCUUCUCCUGCCUGCUGACGGCCCUGGUGCUGCGCCACCGCUUCUUCGCCAGCAGCUUCCCUGCAGUCUUACUCCUCUUCUUCCUCUAUGGCCUGGCGUGUGUCCACCUGGUUUUCAUGCUCUGCUCCCUCUUAAGGACCUCCAAGCUUGCCAGCUCCACAGGCUUCCUCAUCAUCUUCAUCUUCGGGUUCCUGAGCCUGGCAGUGCUGAUAGAAGAAGUCCCCAAUCCCCUGAAGUGGUUCCUUGGUCUCAUGUGUCCUUUUGCUUUCAACAUCGGCAUUGUCAAGAUUUUUGAUUUAGAGAAAUAUGGAAUAGGUUUCUCCUUUUCCAACCUUAUGGAGGAAGCAUACUUUUUAUUUUCAACCUACAUACUGCUGGUGUUUGACUCAGUCUUGUACAUGCUGCUGGCUCUGUAUUUCGACAAAAUUCUGCCAGGCAAAUAUGGGAUCCCAGCCCCUCCUUUGUUCUUCCUGAAGGCCUCGUACUGGAUGAGGAGCAGGAGAGGCUCCAGCAGGGACGUGCCCAGAGCCACAGCAAACCCUGAGGAGCUCCUGGGGGACGAUGUGGAGCCUGUGCCCCCCGAAUUCCUGGGCAAAGAGGCCAUCAGGCUCCACAAUAUUAAAAAAGUCUAUAAGAAGAAGGACAAGAAGACAGAAGCUUUAAGAGGUCUGUCUUUAAACAUUUAUGAGGGUCAGAUCACUGCCUUGCUGGGCCACAGUGGGGCUGGAAAGACAACGCUGCUGAACGUGCUCAGUGGGCUCAGCUUGCCUUCAGAAGGCUCUGCCACCAUAUACAACUACAAACUCUCUGAAAUGGGAGACCGGGAGGAGAUCAGGGGGAUGGUUGGGAUUUGCCCGCAGUUCAACACGCAGUUUGAGGUCCUGACGGUGAAAGAAAACCUGAAGACCUUUGCAGAAAUCAAGGGCAUCAAGUCCAAAGAGGUGGAGCAAGAGGUGCAAAAAAUUCUGGAACUGCUGGAUAUCAGCAACAUUCAAGACACUCCGGCUGAAAAACUGAGUGGUGGACAGAAAAGGAAGUUAUCCAUUGGAAUAGCCAUGCUUGGAAACCCCCAGGUUUUGUUCCUGGACGAGCCCACGGCAGGGCUGGAUCCCCUCUCCAGGCACCGCGUGUGGAGCCUCCUGCGGGAGCAGCGGGCGGGGAGGGUGAUCCUGUUCAGCACCCACUGCAUGGACGAGGCUGACAUCCUGGCAGACCGCAAGGCUUUUAUCUCGCACGGGAGGCUGAAGUGUGUUGGCUCUUCUCUGUUCCUGAAGAAGAAUUGGGGCAUUUGCUAUCAUUUAAGGAUCCAUGUCAGUGAGUCUUGUGACCUGGAGAAUCUGACAUCUCUGGUGAAAGGGUACAUCCCCAAUGCCACGUUCUCAGGACACAGCCAGUAUGAACUGAGAUAUAAACUGCCUUUAGAAAACAUUAAUAAAUUCCCAGAUCUGUUCAGAGGCCUCGACAGCUGCUCUGAGCAGGGAAUUAUCAACUAUGGAGUCAGCAUGACGACCCUGGAGGACGUGUUCCUGAGGCUGGAGGGAGAAGCCAUGGACAAUCAAAAAGAUGAGCACGUCCCUGGGGAGGAGUGGGGAGAAGCAGCCCCAGGAUGUCCUGAGGAGGCCGGGCCAGGCUCCCUGCUGCUCUCGGACACUGGGAUGGCAUCAGUGGAGGGCCUGGCCCUCUGGAGGCAGCAGGUCUCUGCCAUGGCACGGGCGCACUUCUUGAAGCUCAAGAGCUCGGUGAAGAACCUGCGGUCCAUUUUGCUGCUCUAUGUGGUUUUUCUGCUUCCUCUGGUGGUGCAGCUGUGUGUGCUGGGAGGCUGGCAGAGUGUGAGUGCCUGGCAGCUCUCUCCUGCCCGGUACUUCCUGCCCCUGGGGAGGAAAUCCCACCUGGAGACCACCACCCUCCUGCUCUACAACCACACAGGCACAGACAUUGAUGACUUAGUCCAUCUGCUCCAGAGCCAGGAUAUUACAGUGGAAAUAGCAAAGGAGGAAAAUAUCACAGAGGAGCUAGAACACAACGGCGCUCUACGAUUGUUCCGCGAAGGUCAGAGCUACAGGUUCACCGUGCUGUGCCACUUGGAGGCUGUCAACUGCUUCCCAGUGCUGGUGAACGUCAUCAGCAACGCCCUGCUGAGGUCCCUCAACUCCACCAGGCACAUCCAGGUCUGGAGCCACCCCUUCUUCUCUAUGAACAAUCCAAAAUACUGGGAUUCUGUUAUGUCCGUGUACUUCGUUUAUACGCUGCUGUUAUUCCCUGGUUUUCCUCCUCACUUUGCCAUGGGCUACGCGCAGGAUUACAAGGUGGGAGCUCGUGCCCAGCUGAGGAUCUCGGGGCUCUUUCCCUCGGCCUACUGGUGUGGCCAGGCACUGGUGGACAUCCCACUCUGCUGCAUCCUGCUCUUCUCCAUGUUUGUGCUCCCGUUUGCCGUGAGCAACAAGAUUUCUGGCAGUGCCAGCAUCACCUUUGUGCUGGUCACGGGGAUGUUGGGUCAUGGAAUUUCCCUCGUUCUCUUAAUCUAUCUGAUCUCCUUCAACUUUCGCAAAGGAUGGAGCUCUGAUCUUUGGUCAUUCAUCCUGAUAAUGGUGUGGUUUAUUUCUGUUAUCAUCAGCAACAUCAUCGACACCCUGGGCCACCCCGUCUUCCUCUACGUUCUGUCCCUCUUGGUUCCUGUGUACCCCCUGAUGGGUUUUGCCCUCGAUUUUGGGAGUGACUCCGACAUGCUGGGGGACUCUGAGCCAUUUAGUUGGGCUUCAGGCAGUCAUGUACUGAUUGCUAUCUUUGCACCUUACAUCCAUUCUGUGCUGUUCAUUCUUCUUCUUCGCUUUUUGGAGUUAAAAUAUGGAAAAGCAGUGCUGAGAAGGGACCCCAUAUUUAGGAUUUCUCCAAGAAAAGAAAGCAGCCAGCAGCACCCCAAGGAGCUCGAGGAGGAAGAUGAAGAUGUCAGAGCUGAAAGGGAAGCAGUGAGGAAUGCUCUGGUGGCUCCCAGUCAGGAGGAGAAAUCAGUCAUUAUAGUCAGCAAUCUGUGCAAGGAAUAUAAAAUAAAGCAAACUGGCUCACUUUUUAAGAAGAAGAAGAAAACAGCCACCAAAAACCUUUCUUUCUGUGUUAAAAAAGGAGAAGUGUUAGGACUUCUGGGACCCAAUGGAGCUGGGAAAAGCACAACUAUCAAAAUGAUCACUGGAGAGACAGCCCUGACUGCUGGGCAGGUGCUGCUGAUGAGGAGGGCAGAUGGAGGAGGCUCCCUGGAGCAGGCUCCUGCGUUCCUGGGGUGCUGCCCCCAGGAGAAGCCCCUCUGGCUGGAGCUCACCCCGCUGCAGCACCUGAGGAUCUACGCGGCCGUCAAGGGGCUGCGCCAGGAGGACGCGGCUGCUGCUGUGCGCAGAAUUGUGAACGCUCUGCAGCUUCAAGACUACUUAAACAAAAAAGUCAGAAAAUUGCCUCCUGGGAUAAGCAGAAAGGUGUGUUUUGGCUCACUGCAAUGCUCAAACACUAAUUAA